AUGCAUUUUCUCCAGACCGUAGCAGCUCUCCUUUUGGCAGGAGCCACUACAGCCUUUGAUUGUUCAGCAAAACAGCUUGAGGCCUACGAUUUCAAAAGCAUCGAGGGCGUUUACUCAGCGCAAACAACACAUGAUACUCCACCAUCAAAAACACAAUUGACCUGGAGCAUUGGCGUGUGCAAAAACGUCGAUAGCAUCGACCAGUGUCCAAAGAAUUCCGAUGUGUGCGGGCUCACACGGAUUGAGGCCGAUGGACAGACUCUUUUGGCGGAGAUAGUCGGCUUUAACUCCAAUCUCCAGAAAACGUAUAUUCCGUUUGAAAAUGAUGGCGCCAACAGCGAAAGCGGUGUGACUAUCGAGUACAAGGGCGCAAACUGGGGCACCAACUUGGUUGAUGCCAAAGUCCGCUUUGUUUGUGACGCUUCCGGCGACAACAAGCUUACUAUUCUGCAAUGGGACGGCAAGGUGUUUAUUGGCGAGUUCCGCAGUGCAGCAGCGUGUGCUAAAGGAAAGGGCAAAAAACCUGACUCACCGAAGUCCGCUGACGGAGAAUCGUGGGGAUGGUUCACAUGGAUUUUCAUUUUCAUGGUGCUCUUUUUGAGUAUUUACAUCAUUGGCGGCGCAUGGUUCCAGUAUAACCGUGGGAACCUGAUUGAUUUCGCCUCGGCGUUGCGCGAGGUGCUAGAGAACUUUGUGGACCUUUUGCGUGGACUUCCGGCUUUUAUUCGGGAGAUUGUGGAAAAGAUUUCUGGAAACAGCUCUCGUGGCGAGUACAGCGCAGUUUAA